CUUGUGGGCGUGGCCUAAUGAUUAAAGGGUUCUGAAAGUUUUCUCAGUUGCUCUACAAUAAACAAUGCUAAGUCCACACAUCACUGCCAGCCAUUCCCAGCCACAGCAGAGUCGAUAUCCGCAGUGAAAGCGCCCGUCAGCCUCCACCUCCCCGAGCUCAGGUGUUCAGUCUCGGCCAGAAACACGAUCUUUGGAGAGGUGACGCAUGCUUAAACCACACCCUGAACACAAAGAACAACCGCAGGACUCCUUCACGCCCAGCGGAGACUCAACACCUGACGCUUCGAUGGCGGAGGAGAGGGACUUCAUGCGCUCCGUGCUGCCGGUUUACGACUCUUUCCACCCCGAAGACUCUUCACUAGCUUUACCGCUGGCGAACAAACUCACGCUCGCCGACGCGCACCGGCUGAACCGACUACAGCAACAAGUGCAGCUCACUCUCUCGCGGAAAAAAAGGAAACCAAAACCAGCAGAUUCAUCUCUUGCAGAAAGUCAGUCCAGCUGUCAAAUUUCAAGUAGUUCAUCUUUAGGAAGUCUACAUUUGAAGCGGACAUUCUCCGUUAAUCAUGAAGCCACAAGGUCACUGCGGAUGGUUGAUCGAUCUCAAUGGCCAAGCAUGGAGCCGCCUCUAUUUCACAGAGGCUAUGGAAGCUUUCGUUACACCCCUAAGAGAGCUGGUUUAUGCUUGGGCUCUAACUCUCUGACUCUCCCUUCGGCCCCUACAACCAGCCACUUCCAAAUGAACAAACUCCCUUUACGCUACGCCCACUCCGAGGUCCUGCGAAAUCCACGCUUUGCAGGCCUGUCAGCAGCCACACAAAUCCCCAGCAGCCCGGUGUAUGAAAACCCCCACACGGAUGAUACAGAUGAUGUGUUUCUACCGAGCACUUCUGUAGAGAGGGGCCGGAUGGAAUCGGAAAAGCACACCCUUCAGCAGACCCUCUGUAAGCAGAGAGAGGGGGGUUUUGUUGCUCUCGAACAAUCAGAGAACGUGUCCUGGCAGAGCCGCGUGAGGAAGCCGAGCCUGGAGUUUGUUGCAGGAAGACGACCCUCCCAAACUGGAUCACUUAUCAGCAUGGAGGAGCAGUCAGGAAGUUUAGGGAGGAUUGAAAAGCUGGAGGUCAAGCAACAUGCAGUUACCACAUUAACAAAGAAGGGCAAACCAGGUGAACUCAGUGCAGAGAUGACACUAAAAGAGGCUGUAAAUCUGCUGACACAAGAUAAUAACAUGGAAACACAAAUCGCCGCUGCUAACUUCAUACAGAACCAGUGCUUCAACAGUCCAGAUGCCAAGAGAAAGAUACUUCAUCUUCAAGGCAUCCCAAAGCUGCUGAAGCUGAUGCAGAAUGACAGCGAGGAGCUCCAGUGGGCCGCCGUCAGCUCUCUCCGAAAUAUUGUUUUUGAAAACAAUGAGAACAAAAUGGAAGUCAAAGACUGUGAGGGGCUUCCAGUGAUCCUGAGACUCCUCAAGAUCAAUCGAGACAUCGAAACCCGGCGCCAGCUCACUGGUCUGCUUUGGAAUCUGUCCUCUCAUGAUCUCCUGAAAGAGCAUCUGUCCAGAGAAGCGGUCAAACCUCUCACAGACAGUGUUCUGGUGCCAUGUUCAGGCAUUUCCGAAGGCGAAGACCCUAAACUGGAGCUUCUCGCCGACCCUGACAUUUUCUAUAAUGCCACCGGCUGCCUGAGAAAUCUGAGUUCAGCUGGUCCAGAUGGGCGUAAAGUAAUGCGGGACUGUGAGGGUCUCAUUGAGUGUGUCAUCUAUUACAUCCGUGGCACUAUUGCAGACUACAAACCUGAUGAUAAGGCCACAGAGAACUGUGUCUGCAUCCUGCACAACCUCUCGUAUCGAUUUGAUUGCGAAGUGCCUCGUGUGGAUUCACCUGUAGCUCAAAAGCCCAAACAAACUCACACUGAAACCAGCAACCCGGGCUGUUUCAUUAUCAAGACUCCUAAAAACUCUGCAGAGAAUCUGGAAGCGGAUGAAGAUUAUCCUGCACUGGAGGAGAACGGCAGUCCUCAUGGUGUGGAGUGGCUCUGGAGCGCCAUCACUGUACGCAUGUAUCUGUCGCUCAUCGCCGUCAGCACAAACCAACACACCAAACAGGCAUCCAUUGGCACUCUGCAGAACCUCACAGCCUGUUCUGGAGAGAUAUCCCAGGCCAUCGCACACUUUAUUGUGCAAAAAGAGGGAGGCCUGUCUCAGGUGAAGAAGUUGCUUCAAGAAGCAGAGAAGGAAGAGCUCCGAAUAUCUGUGUCACUGCUUAAGAACAUCUCUCGCUAUCGAGAACUGCACGCAGAUAUUGUUAAACAGGUGUUACCGGAGCUGGUCGCCAUCCUGCCAAACUCUGACCGAAAUGUGGAGCAGCCCAUAGAGAUCACCGUCACCAUCUGCCACAUACUUAUCAAUCUGAGCCAAGCAUCUGCAUCAAACACCUGUGCCAUCAUAAACCAAGGAGCGUUGCCCAAAAUCAUCAGCAUCAGCUCCAAAGACAAUGGGUUUGGACCCACACGGGCUGGCCAAGCAGCUUGUGUUUUACUUCAUACCCUGUGGAGGCAUUCAGAACUUCAUAGCAGUUUUAAGAAGGCUGGUUACCGGAAAACUGACUUCAUAAACAACAGAACGGUGAAGGCUGUGAAUUCUGCUCGAGAAUAAUGGAAUCCGCAAAUAUAUAAUGGAAAAAACUUUUUUUUUUUUAUAAAAUAUUAUAAAUGGUGCUAAUAAUAUUGUGUAUAUGUGUGUGGGGGGCAUAUGCACAUGUGUAUAUGAGUUUGUCAUAAUUUAUUACUUAAUAGUUUUCUAUGUAGCGUUGAAUGGACACACCUU